UAAUCAUUCAUCCCCAUGCUCAUAUAGUCCCCCAUCUCUAGGCCUCUCUCUCUCUCUCUCUCUCUCUCUCUCUCUCUCCAUCGCAGAAAUGAAAGGAGAGAUACAGUCGCACCACCACAGAACCACACCGAAGAUAGUCCUCCUCGUCACCAUCCUCUUCGCCCUCCUCAUCAUCAUCUCCCUCUACAACCCUUUCCUCUCUCAGCCCCUCCUCAUCUUCUCAAGAACAACCUCCUCCUCUUCCUCCUCCUCCUCGGAUGAGGCUGUCGUCGCGGUUGAAGAGGAUGACCCUGCCAUCGGCUCAAGCACGGCGGAGAUCUGCGACAUAUUCACGGGGGAGUGGGUGCCGAACCCGCGGGCGCCGUACUACACGAACAAGACCUGCUGGGCGAUCCACGAGCACCAGAACUGCAUGAAGUAUGGCCGGCCCGACACCGACUUCAUGAAGUGGCGGUGGAAGCCGGACGGCUGCGAGCUCCCCCUCUUCAACCCGGCGCAGUUCCUGGAGCUGGUGAGGGGCAAGUCCAUGGCAUUCGUGGGGGACUCCGUGGCCAGGAACCAAAUGCAGUCCAUGAUCUGCCUCCUUUCUAGGGUGGAAUAUCCGAUUGAUGUCUCGCACACGUCGAAUCAGCAAUACAUGCGCUGGAGGUACGUGACCUACAACUUCACGCUCGCCAACUUCUGGACGCCCCACCUGGUCAAGUCCGCGGAGACCGACCCGAACGGGCCGACCAAGACGGGCCUCUUCAGCCUCCACCUCGACGAGGCCGACGACAGGUGGUUGUCCGAGGCCGAGGAGUUUGACUACCUGAUCGUCUCCGCAGGGCAUUGGUUCUACCGUCCGCUCGUCUUCCACGAGGGCGGCAAGAUUGUGGGGUGCCAUUUUUGCUUGCUAGAGAACGUUCCGGACCUGACCAAGUUCUACGGCUACCGGAAGGCGUUCAGGACAGCGUUCAAGGCCAUCAACGGGCUCAAGAACUACAAGGGCAUCACCUACCUGAGGACCUUCGCGCCUUCUCACUUCGAAGGCGGGAUUUGGAACCAGGGCGGCAACUGCGUCCGGACAAGGCCGUUCCAGAGCAACGAGACCGCGCUCGCCGACGAGAACCUCGAGCUGUACAUGAUCCAGGUGGAGGAGUUCCGGAAGGCUGAGCAGGAAGCGAGGGAGAGGGGGCUCAAGUACCGGCUGCUCGACACGACGCAGGCGACGCUGAUGCGGCCGGACGGCCACCCGAGCCGGUACGGGCACUGGCCGCACGAGAACGUGACCCUGUACAACGACUGCGUGCAUUGGUGCCUGCCGGGGCCGAUCGACACGUGGAGCGACUUCCUGCUCGAGAUGCUGAAGACCGAGGGCCGGAGGUCAAGGGAAGAGAAGCUCCGGUUCAGCGACCGGAAGUUGAAGGCCUAAGCGCGAUCGAUGGUCUUUAGUACAUAAGGUUAAUGUGGUCGAUUGGCACUGUCUUUUUCUAUUUGGGCAUUGGAAAUUGGAAAAAUUGGUUGUCCUAUAUUUUUGGUUCCGUGGUUCCAUUAGAGCGAGUUUAUUCAAGAAAUAAAUAAAUUAUUUUAAUGUGUUGGCCGUAA